CACAAAUUUUGCCCGCGUACAACCGCGCCGGCGCGCAACACUCUGAAAGCGCAAGUCCUGGGCUGCCAUUACCUCUGAACCACUCUCACUGAUGACUAUGUCACAAAUAUUGGAGACAAAGGCGAAGAAACGCAAACACGCAGUCGCCGAUAUCGGGCAGGAGGCCGAACCGUCCACCAAGCGACAUAAGAAAGAGAAGGACAAGUCGAAGAAGAGGGACAAGGGCAAAGGACGUGCGACCGAAGAGUUUCGCGUUGUACGUGCAACAAUGUACAUCUCGAUACCUCCUGUGUUCGCCAACAACCUUCGCUCGGGCGCCGAGGAGAUGUUGGACUCACUGCUCAUGAGGUUCAUCCCAGCUUUCCAAGGAGUAAUGCUUGCGCACGAUAAUAUGGAGUUCCUGAGCUCGACUGCGAUCGUCAAAGCGGAUUGUCCAUUCGCGAAUUGCCAAGUUGCAUUCGAUGCCACAGUGUGGAGCCCACAAAUCGGGAUGAAGCUUGUCGGCAAGGUCAACUUGUGCUCCCCGGACCACGUCGCUCUGCUCGUACACCGUACAUUCAACGUUUCGAUACCCCGGCAUCACAUACCAACCGACCAAUGGGAGUUUGAGUACGGGCCUGCAGAAAACGACCCGGAGUUCGGUGCCGAGCCAGCACAAGACGCUAUCAACGAUACAAACGGCGGUGCAGCCAGCAUGGACAGCGGUGGUCGAUGGGUGCAUAGCACCACGAUGUCCAAACUUGGGGAGGAAGACGGGUUCAUCGAGUUUACAGUGGUCGGCCUCACGAUAGCAAACCAAAUGCUCUCUCUCGUCGGCUCAAUACAACCGGAUCCGUUCUCUCCUGACCACCAGCCUGCUUUACCGACACAGACCGCAUCCAGUUCCCGCGAAGUCUCUCGAGUGCUCGCUGGUCCUCUCGAGGAUGAUGUCGCUGUGGCUGAGCUCGAUCUCGACGAAGGUCUGGGCACCGACGAAGAGGACACCUUUGGCAUGCUCGGUCGACUGGGUGACGAGGCUGCGGCACGUGAGGCGGAGGAGAGGGAAAAGGAGAAACAAGCAGCGAAGCGUGAGAGGAAACGGAAGCGGAGAGAGGACGCGGGACUAGCGGACGAUGCACCGGAUAAGCCGUCCACAGGAAAGUCCAAGAGGAAGAAGACUUCGUAGUCAUAUCCAAUAUUUGUGCGCUGCUUCCCUCUGUUGUGUUUAUCUUGUCCUGGUAUCCUUGUGCACGUCAAGCACUGACCUCUCCGUCAUGGUCUCAUCCUCGAUGCCGAUCUGAAGGCAAAGGAAGACAUGGACGCUCAUUGCAGGUAUUCUGGCGCACAUGCGUAGAAAAUACCUACCUUAGGAGCUCAGCUGCUCAUGGACAUGCAAUUACCGCCGACGCAUUACGUUGGGCUAACCAUGAGCUUAUACUUAGGAAAAUAU